AACAGCAUUUAAUCUUCCUAAAGCGGAGUUAAUGUCCAACACCUUUAGAAAGCAAAACGUCGAGAAACAAGUUUUAAGUACGAUUAUUAGCAUAUUCACUUAACGUUAAGCGCAAACCCAAAGCGACACGGCUGUAACGCUGCAACAUUUUCUUCCCUGCUUGUAAAAGUUAUUUUUCUGACUUCACAUCGGGCAAAAAGGUGGUUAGCAAAGCUAGUUCCGCCUUGCCGUGUGUGUGUGCGUGUGUGUGUGUGUGUGUGAUGGACAGCAGAGACAAGUGAAGUGUCAGAAGUAACCAGGAGUCACUUGGAUAAAGUCAGACACAUCUCUUGCCUUCACAGCUCUCUACAUAAAUUAACCAACCGAAAGAAAAUCCUGUCAUCACUUUGCUAUAGAGCUGUCCUGCUGGAACCAAUAAUUGGACAGCCAAACUGUUAAGACAGCGUUGCUCUGGGAAACGAUUUACUGGAGCUCAAUGACCAUCAGUAGAUGAGCCUCUGACUGCUGUGUUUUGGACACUGUGAUGGAAAACCCUGAUGAUGAGGUUGACCUGCAGCGCAGCUCUACAGGGAGUGAGGAGGGAAACUCUGGGGAAGGAACACCUCCCGCCAAGCGCAAAGGCAAGUUGUCCAGCCUGGGUAAGAUCUUCAAGCCCUGGAAAUGGAGAAAGAAGAAGCCAAGUGAGAAGUUUGCAGAAACAUCUAUAGCCUUGGAAAGAAAGAUUUCUGUCAGGAAAACUCGUCAAGAGCUAAUUGAUAGAGGGGUCCUAAAGGAAAUCCCAGAGAAUGAGAGCAAUGAUGUGAACCACUCCAAACCUCCACCAGUGAAGAAUGGGCACCCGGUGCCCAUUGACGUGGACAGGGUGUCUGAGUCGGGGAUGCGAGUGCCGCGGGGAGAGUCAGAUGUCAGGGUGAAUCCCACCUGGCUGCCACAGGGAGAUGAACGCCGGAGCAGGAUACCAUCUGAUGCUUCCCGAAGCAACCGGGCGCCUUUGGAUGUGGACUCUCACGCCCGGCUUGCUGUGGAUGUGGAUAGGCGAAGCCGCCUCCCGUCCGAUAUGGACAGGAAAGGAGGAUCUUUACCCAGAGGCCCUGCCCAAGACGAUAGACACCGCAGGGACGAGAGGAGAGACGGCAAAGAUGACAGGGAGGACAGGUGGCGGAGAGAUGACAGGGAAGACAGAGGAAGGAAAGAUGAUAGAGAAGACAGGGGAAGGAAAGAUGACAGAGAAGACAGGGGAAGGAGGGAUGACAGAGAUGACAGAGUAAGAAAAGAUGAUCGGGAGGACAGAGGAAGGAAAGAUGACAGAGAAGACAGGGGGAGAAGGGAUGAUAGAGACGACAGAGGAAGGAAAGAUGAUAGGGAGGACAUGGACAGAAGGGAUCGGCGAGAAGACAGAGAGCGGGAGAGAGAAGGCGGCAUUGACCGGAGGGACGACAGAGAUUUCAGGGAAAGGAGAGAACAGAGAGAUGACCGAGAGAGGAGACACGAAAGGACAGAGAGAGAUGACAGGGAAAGGAGGGAUCGUGAUGAAAGAGAAAGGAGGGAGGACAGGGAGAGGAGAGACGCUCGAGGAGAAAAAGAUGACAGAAGAGAGGAUCGAGACAGGGAGGACAGGGAGAGGAGAGAGGAUAGGGACCGGCGACUAGAAAGAGAAAGAAGAGAGAACCGAGGGGACAGAGAUGACAGAAGAGACGACAGAGAAAGAGAUGACAGAGAAAGGAGAGAUGACAAGAGAGAAGACAGAGAUAGAAGAGAGGACCGCGACAGGCGGGACGACAGGGAUAGACGGGAUGACUGGGCCAGGAGGAAUGAAAAAGAGCGACGGGAUGAGCGGGAAAGAAGAGAAAAACCAGAGCACCUGCGGCCUGCGGACAACCCACGGCCAAUAGUCAGGCCUGUCUCAGACAUGGAUUUACGACCCAGUCUCCAAAAAAGUUCCUCAGAUGCUAAGAUACCUCGGCCAGCCUCUGAGGCUGACCGAAGGAGCACCCUGCCAAGGUACAAUCCACCUGAGGAGUUCAGAGGACGGACGGAGUCUGUCGGUGUCUGCUUCACCCCUGACCUUGACGCAGCUCGAGACUCUUUGAGGGAGCCCCCUCCAUCCAAACAGGCUCUGCUACCCCCUAAAUGGCUAACAGCUCCUCCCGCUGAGUCUGGACGGACUUCAGCCCCCUCCUCCUCUUCCUCAUCCUCCUCUUCCUCCUCAUCAUCCUCCUCAUCCUCUGCUAUAGCAGUGGCUAAGCCGCCAAGGACAGUCUCCCUGAUAAUUAGCGAUGAUCCACCUCGCUCCUCCCCUGCUGCUCCUUCAUCAUCCGACUCGGACAUGCCGCCCCCUGUCCCUCCCCAUGCCAAGCAGCCUCCCAUCCCUCCGCCCAAACCCAGCAACCGCAUGAGCAACCCUGCACUGCUUGCUUCCACAUUAAACAGGAGCUCUAAGGUCAGGCCGCCUGGUUACUGGACCAGCUGGCGACACCAGGGCGAGCUAGGCCUCUACCUCUCCUUACCUGUCUACCUCUGCCACAGGGCUGGCCAGACCUGCUCAGCGGAGCUCUCUCAGCCUGGCAGUGGCAUCAUUGUAGUGCCAGCACCUUCCAAGCGCUCUCCGCCUACCCCACCCAAGAGGACAACCCCGGUCACCAAGCGUCAUUCUGUGGAGUCAUCUCUCCCCAGCCAGGCUCCAGAAUCACCCACCUCCAACCCGGCCUCAGCCCCUGCACUGGUGCCCUCUGCUGUCCCCACUGGAGAUAACACUGAGGGGGACAAGGCUGGCCAGCUGCCCUCGACUGAGUCUCUACCUUCACCUCCGUCCCACAUACCCCCGUCUCCUCCCAGGGCUCAGUCGCUCCCUCCGCCCAGUGCCUCGUCUGGCCCCAUGCCCACCGUGCAAACUGAUCCCCCCAGUCCCACGACAGAGCCCCCCAGCCAGCCUCCAGCUAUUCCCCUACAUAUCCUUAUCCAGAGAGCGUUAGCCAGCCCGGGCCCCAUUCACCCCAACCCAGACGGCUCCCAAAGAGCGCACUCACAACUGUUUGAGUCUCCUCCAGAGUUCCUCACUGAAAUGUCAGGAGGGUCACGCUACUCGCUCCCAGUUACCAUCGAACCUCUCAGGCUGCCUGAAGACGACGACUUCGACAUGGAGGAGGAGCUGAGGAAGCUACAACCCCAGAGGCCUCCCCGCCAGCCUGAGUUUGAGCCCCGCAGCCGGAGGGCUUUGGUUGAUCCCAGAGUCAGCGUCAUCCCUGAGGGUGGAGGCCCAGGGGACAGUGAGGAGGAGACCGACUCUGAUGGUCCUAUCCUGUACAGAGACGAUGAUGAUGACGACGAUGAGGAAGGCCCGCCAAGUGGCCUAGCAAGCCGUGUAAAGAGGAAGGACACAUUAGCCCUGAAGCUGGAGAGACAGGAGAGACAGGAGAGAGAGGAGAGGGAAGCUCAGGAGAACCAGGACGCCAUGAGCUGGCAGAGCAAGGAACAGUGGUUGGCAGUGAGGACCAAGAUUGGCACCGCCCUAACACGGCGUUUGAGCCAGAGACCAACAGCAGAGGAGCUGGAGCAGAGGAAUAUCCUUCAAGCCAAGAAUGAAGCGGAUCGCCGGUUAGAGAGGUGCGAGAUCAAACGAAGGCUCACCAGAAAGCUGUCCCAGAGGCCCACAGUGGCUGAGCUUCAGGCCAGGAAGAUCCUGCGCUUCCAUGAGUAUGUGGAGUGCACCCAUGCCCAUGACUAUGACCGGCGAGCAGAUAAACCCUGGACCAAGCUCACCCCUGCUGACAAGGCUGCCAUCCGCAAGGAGCUCAACGAGUUCAAGAGUUCAGAGAUGGAGGUGCACGAGGAAAGCAGGAUCUACACCCGCUUCCACCGACCUUAGCUGUCUAUGCUGACCAGAAAAGCACUUAAACUUGGGACUUAGCGGACCAUUUGUCCGCACUAAGGAGGGACGCUCCCCCUUCUCCCACUGCAUCAUGGGUAGUCCUCUCCUCACUGUGGACUGGAGAGAUGUCAGCCCAAACUACUGACCGCCUGCUGGCCUAUUCCAGCUAAGUACUGUUGUUAACCGUGUCUGGAACUAAAGUGAAAGAUGCCACAAAUCAGUAAAAGGAGGGGAGCGAACUUGUUGGUGUAAUAUAUGCAGUUCACCUCACGUGUAUCGGAGGUGCCUCGGUGCCAACGCUAAGAAGUACGAGCGAUCCCACGGCCAUGCGCUCGAGUUCCCACUGUGACAAAAAGGGUGCAUAUACAGUAUCAGGAGGAGAACUGAGAAAGAGUCGGCUCCUACCAUACUCUCUGCCUGUCUCUACCUGUUGUGUUCCUCAGGGUAAACCACUCUGAUGAGGCCUUCACUUGCCUUUCUCUAGAAUAGAUUUCUUUUUUUUUUUCUACUCCCUUCCUCUCCAAAUGAAACAGAGCAUUCACAGAAACAGAUCAUUGUUCUUUACUUUAUAAUAGCACCGUCAGUGGUACUUACUUCAGCAACUAAACUGCUGUCUGAUUCGAACCCUUUGUUUUGUAUCAUCCUUUUAUAUGUGACUGUACGGCACUGCAAAUACAUAACUGUCUACGGGUGCCAGCUGCUGCCAGCCUUACUUCCUUAACAGCUCUGGAAAAAAAAAUAAAGACCGCCUCCAUUUCAUAUGUGUAUUUUCUACCUCUCUUCAAGGCACCCUAUCCAUUCCAUGUUUUUGUUAGAUUCCUCCACCAGCAUGAUAAAUGGCAUAUGGUUCAACUUAAUGAGGUGUUGAUUAGGUAUUGACUUAGCAUGCCACAACACAUCAAAGCUGUGAUAAAGAAUCAGAGUCACUCCACCUAAUAUUGAUUGUCGAAUCCUCCCUAAGCGAACGCAUUGGUGUGUUUAUGACUAAUUUAUGGGUGUAUAGCCUAUUUGUUUAGUGUAUAAUGAGGAAGUGUAUUUUUUGGCACUUUGACCAGUUGUCAUUUUCUACAAAUGUCCUCAGUGAGAAUAUUUUUGUUAGAAAUUACAAAGAAAUGUCCUUAGAUUAUCAGAGAAUAUCAAAUUAGAUUUUACCUAGAAUUUUCAUGUGGUCUCUUAAUUUUUUUCCAGAGCUGUAUGGUGUAAUAUUCUUAUAAUUUAAGGUUUAGCCUUUAUAUCACAGAGGUACAGAGAAAAUGUGAAUUGGCUACACAACAGCGUGAUGCUGACCUUAUUUAAAGCUCAGUUGUAGCCUCUUACCAAUCAGCUGCCGGGCUCUGUAUAUAGACCAUCAGAGCAUUAACUUGCCCAUUAUCCCCAUGUGUGCAUUUUACUGUAUUUUGUUAAUUAUUUAAAUGAUUUUAUUACAGCACAUAUCAGUGGAUUAAUCUGUAAUAAAGCACCUUAUGUUCCUUAAUUGGUGUAUAGAUGGUGAAAUAUAAAAGUUUUGAACCAGGAAUAAAAAAGACGCUGUGUAAUUCUGUUCCUGAUUGGACUCUUGCGGCAGGAAAAUGCACAUAUUUUUACACUGUUUUAAGGUACUUUGUAUAUGCAGGCUGGUGGUUGCCUGCGGCUGUAUAGAUAAAUUGUGUAGAUUCAACUGACUUUAUAUUGUACAUCUUCUAAAGCUGACAAAAUGUUUUAACUGUAAUGAAAGUAUUUCACAAUGUUCUUUUCUUAUUAGUUCCACCAGAUAAUGGUACCAGAAAGUUGUCUCUUCACUGAAGAUGUAUAGUGUAUUUUUUUUUUUUUUUAUGUAAUACAGAGAUCUUUAAAACUUUUUGCCACCCAUUAUGUAAAUGAACAAUUCACUCAAAUUAAAAGAACUUAAUGAUUUUCAUGCAAA